AUGAGACUAACACCGAUCCAAUAUGCAUUGAUUGGUCUUAAUAUAGCUUAUCGUCUAUAUUCAGCUAUAUAUAUGAUCAUUGCUGAUUGUGAUGAGACUUAUAAUUAUUGGGAACCCUUGAAUCUUUUAUUAAGAAAUUUUGGAAAACAAACUUGGGAAUAUUCACCUGAAUUUAAAAUACGAUCAUAUAGUUAUUUAAUCCCAUAUUAUAUAAUAGGGAAGUUUUUCCAAUAUUUCAACAUUGAACCAAUGUCAAUAUUUUAUGGGAUUAGAAUUAUUGCCUUGUCUGGAAUGACAAGCUUAUGUGAAUUAAUAUUAUUUAAGAAGUUGUUAUAUCAUUCAAAUAGUAUAGCCAAUUGGUGGUUAUUAUUUAGUUCAAUUGCUCCAGGUAUGAGUCAUGCUGGUGUCGCGUUGUUGCCUUCGACAUUGGCUAUGCAAACUACAAUUCUUGCAAUGAGUUGUAUAGUAGAAAUGGUAAAGAAGUCUGGGUCUAGUAGACAAAGUCCAUUAAUUGGUGCAAUUUUCUGGUAUUUGGUAGGUGGAUUGUUGGGUUGGCCAUUUUCAUUUGCGUUGGGUUUGCCAAUUGGAGUGUAUACUUUGUCUAUGGUAUUAACUAAGAAGAUCCCAUUUGGAAUAUUAAUUAAAUGUUUUGGUGUGUUGUUGAUUGUUAUUAUCCCUAUAAUUGUUAUUGAUUCAAUCUUCUAUCAAAAAUUCCCAAUAUUUAUUCCUGCCAAUAUUGUAUUAUAUAAUGUGUUUGGUGGAGAAGGUGAAGGUCCAGAAAUAUUCGGGGUUGAACCAGUUUCAUACUAUAUUUUUAAUUUGAUACUUAAUUUUCAUGUUUUGGUUCCAUUGUCAUGCUUGGGUAUUUUCUUCAAUCCAUUUAUUACUCAAUUGAAAUCAUUAUCAUUGUUUAUAUCCCUGCAAUUAGUCAUAUGGUGUCUGAUAUUCUUUUUGCAACCUCAUAAAGAAGAAAGAUUUCUUUAUCCAAUAUAUCCCUUGAUAUCAUUACUGGCUGCAAUAUUUUUAUCAAAAAUUAAUAAUUUCAUCAAGAAAAGAAUCAAUAUCAAAUUGAUUCAAAUUGGGUUUAUUAUUUCAAUUAUAGCUUUAUCAAGUUUAAGAAUCUUUAAUCUUGUUGAAAAUUAUAGUGCCCCGUUGACAACAUUUCAAAUAUUUUCCGAAUCAUCCCAGGUCUCAAGUUACAUAGAACCGCAAAAUGUAUGUAUGGGUAAAGAAUGGUAUCAUUUCCCAACUUCAUUUUUCCUUCCUGAUAACUAUAGACUUAGAUAUGUCGAUUGUGGAUUUGAUGGACUUUUACCGGGAGAUUUCCAUGAACUGUCCAGUUCAUUAAUUGAUUCAACUACAUUUAUCCCACCUCAUAUGAAUAAUAAGAAUCAAUUUGAAGUUGAUAAAAUAAUAUCAUUAGAACAAUGUGAUUAUUUUGUUGAUAAUUCACAAGUUAGAAGUCAACCAAAGUUAAUAAAUCCAGAUUUAUCAUUAGUUGAUGAACAAUGGAAAUUAUUAACCUGUAAUAAGAUAUUAAAUCCUGAAGGUAAUCAUAAUCUAAUUGGGAAAUUAAUUUAUAUUCCAAAGGUUUUACGUAAAUUAAUUCCAUAUAAAGUUGAAUAUAUGGAAUUCUGUGUAUUAAAAAGACAAUCAUAA